AUGCCAGACCAGAAACCCAGCAAGCUCGGGCGAGUCCUCAGCUUCGCCAGCAACAAGUCGAGGAAGUCUGCCUCCAACCAGCCGCCGCUGAGCCCGCAGAAGACCUCGAGCUCGUCGCAGCAGCAGCAGCAGCAGCAGCAGCAGCCGAGAAGCCCCGGCCAGCGCCCGUAUGGCCAUGCGAGGAACAAUACCGACCUGUCGGACAAGAGCGCAGACCGGCCGGGCAGCAACAAGAUGCGCACCCACGCCGACCCCACGCUCGCCAUGAGCGAAGCGCAGCCUGCUGCAAUUGCGCUGCAGGAGUCGAGUCUCGGACAGCUGCGAGGCAUUCAGCACAAGGACCGCUUCGGCAACCCCAUCACGGAGCCGGACCUGUCGAACCCCACGAGGUAUCGCUUUGAGCGCCCGCUGGACACUAUCAGAUCGUUCGAGGCUGCUAUCGACGGCACUUACGGCAGUCGGCGCAUGUCCUAUGCCCGGCCAGAUGAGAGUACGAAUGGCCACAGCAGGCCGACAAGCUUCUUUGGAGGUGAUCGGUCGAAUGGCCAAUACUACCAACGAGGUGGCUACGACAGCUACUCGGUCUCCCGCGGCUACCAGUCCAGACCAGAAAGCUACGUCGACGCAUACGGUAACGGCAACGGCUACGGCUCGGCAGUGGACAUGAGCCAGUACAACUACAGCAACCAACGACCUGCUCGAGUCGGACCUCCCCGCCAGGCUCCUCCAUCUCGCACCAACUCAGACCCUAACUAUGCCUACAGCUCUUACCCAACACACAUCCCUAGCACUGCCAACUCUUACUACCCUCAGCCCCAGUACCAGGGCCAGCAGGACAACCCGAACUCCAACUCUCCCUCGGGCUCCGGCGGUAGAUCUGUGGAUCACUGGGUAAACUCAACGGAUCCAAGCUCUGUCAACAGUUCCAUGGAUAGAUUGGCGCAGCAGCAGCAACAGCAACACCAUCCUCAGGGCCAGAAGUAUGAUGACCAGCCUACCGAGUCCUAUGGGUUCACUGGCUUUGGCACCGAUCCACAUCUAGAGCAGUCCCAGCAGCUCAUGAAUUCCGGCCAAGAGAAUAUCUACAGUUCGCCUCCGCAGCAGCAACUGAAACAACAGUACCAGACUCCACCUAUCGUUCCUCGGAAGGAAGUUCCCGUUGCUGUUCCUCCACCGGCUGUGACAGGAGCAACACUGCAGGAAGGUAAACGCAAGAGCUGGUUCAAGCGCCGGAUUAGCAGGACUUGA